CCCCUGUCUUCUGCGCCAAAAAAAAGUCUGAAACGCACGGGCACGGCGCCAUCGUCCCUGCCCCAGACAAAUCCAAUCCGGAACCGACUCCCCCCUCGCUUCGCCGGGGAGAGGAGGGACGAGCGACGCCGCGCCCGCGUCCGCGUCCGUCUGCCCCUCCCGCGCCGACCACUUCCCCGAGGCGGAGACGGGCGGGCGGUCAAAAACGCCGCAGGUAUGCAGAGCCAGAUCGUGUGCCACGCGUGCCGGACCGUUCUGCUCUACCCGCGGGGGGCGCCCAGCGUCUGCUGCGCGGUGUGCCAGGCCGUCACCACCGUGCCGCCACCAGGACUAGAGAUGGCUCAGCUUAUAUGUGGUGGUUGUCGAACUUUGCUGAUGUAUACUCGAAGUGCAGACACCGUAAGGUGUUCAUGUUGCAAUACAGUCAAUCUUGUUAGACCAGUGAAUAAUAUAGCUCAUGUUAACUGCGGCCACUGCCAGACAACUUUGAUGUAUCCAUAUGGAGCACAUUCAGUAAAAUGUGCCAUAUGCAAUCAUAUCACUACCACUGGAGUAAAUACGGUGGCACCCACACCGUCUGCAAGGCCAGCAUCAAAUGGAUCUUCAUAUAGUACCUCAUCUACUUCUGCUCCUAAAUCUCAGCCCCAGAAUGUAACUGUUGUUGUUGAGAACCCUAUGACAGUAGAUGAUAAGGGAAAACUAGUGAGCAACGUUGUAGUUGGAGUCACAACUGGGAAAAACUGAUGUGCUAUCUACAUCAUUGUUGUGUGUUCUAUAUCAGAAGCUAGGAAAUAUUAUGGGUCACAGUGCUAUCGAGUGGCUGGUUGCAUGGUCGCCCUUGACCAAAGAUGCACCAAAUGUUUCUUGUAUCUUGCAAGGAAACCAUGAAGGUCAAAAGCUGUGUUUUGAAUCUAUUGAUUCUUUUGUGUGUAUAAGAGCUCUUUUAGACUUCAGUGUGUGAUCAGAUAGUAGAGGUGACUGAUAGUAUAGUUUCAUUAUACAUGCAUAUGUACACACUUUGUUUGUUAGUUUGUGCUGUCUUGUUCAUAAUUUUUUGCUGGUAUACACGCGCUAUGCUCGUUUCGAAGAACUGUAUUGAUGUUAACCUCAAAACAAGAGGGUAGAAAAACCUUACAGGGGUCUGAAUUGGAUCUGUGACACAAUUCCUCUGG